GGUGGAGCCGGCCGGGGACUUGCUCUGCUGCCUCCGGGAGACGCGGGUGGCCACGCGCUCGGUUCUCCCUAAGCCGACUCGCUGUCCGCCCCGGGUCGCCCCGCCAUGGACGUCUUAAAGCAGGUGGUCAACUUCGGGCCGGGCCCCGCCAAGCUUCCGCGCUCGGUGUUGUUAGAGAUACAGAAAGAACUAUUAGACUACAAGGGAGUUGGCAUUAGUGUCCUUGAAAUGAGCCACAGGUCAUCAGAUUUCGCUAAGAUCAUUAACAACACAGAGAAUCUUGUGCGGGAGUUGUUAGCUGUUCCCGACAACUACAAGGUGAUCUUUGUGCAGGGAGGUGGGUCUGGCCAGUUCAGUGCUGUUCCCUUAAACCUGAUCGGCCUGAAAGCUGGACGGUGUGCCGACUAUGUGGUGACAGGAGCUUGGUCAGCCAAGGCUGCUGAAGAAGCAAAGAAGUUUGGGACUGUGAAUAUUGUCCACCCUAAACUUGGGAGUUACACAAAAAUUCCUGAUCCAACCACCUGGAACCUCAACCCCGAUGCAUCCUAUGUAUAUUUCUGUGCCAAUGAGACAGUGCACGGCGUGGAGUUUGAUUUCAUUCCUGAUGUCAAGGGGGCUGUGCUGGUUUGCGACAUGUCCUCUAACUUCCUGUCCAAACCAGUGGAUGUUUCCAAGUUUGGUGUGAUUUUUGCUGGUGCCCAGAAGAAUGUUGGUUCUGCUGGGGUCACGGUGGUGAUCAUCCGGGAUGACCUGCUGGGGUUCUCCCUCAAAGAGUGCCCCUCGGUCCUGGAGUACAAAGUGCAGGCUGGUAACAACUCACUGUACAACACGCCUCCAUGUUUCAGCAUCUAUGUCAUGGGUGUGGUCCUAGAGUGGAUUAAGAACAAUGGCGGGGCAGCAGCCAUGGAGAAGCUUAGCUCCAUCAAAUCUCAAAUGAUCUAUGAGAUUAUUGACAAUUCCCAAGGAUUCUAUGUAUGUCCAGUGGAGCCUCGAAGUAGAAGCAAGAUGAAUAUUCCUUUUCGUAUUGGCAAUGCCAAAGGAGACGACGCGUUAGAAAAGCGAUUUCUGGAUAAAGCACUUGAACUCAACAUGAUCUCCUUGAAAGGGCACAGGUCAGUGGGAGGCAUCCGGGCUUCUCUGUAUAAUGCUGUGACGGUUGAAGAUGUUGAGAAGCUGGCCACCUUCAUGAAGAACUUCUUGGAGAUGCAUCAGCUGUGAACACACUGAGCCAGCAUAUGCUCUGCCUUUGACCAACGUACAGAGUUUAGAGUAAUUUAGGAAUGGCUACAGAAACUUAACUGACAUGGUAUUUUUUUUCUAAAUGAACAUGCAUUCUUCUUUUCAAAGAAUAACAGCAAAAUAACCAGCUCAUGGGACCACUAGCCAAUGGCCACCUUCAUUCUAACUUGAACUGGAAGCAUUUAAAAACAACCCUUCUUGUUGCUUUUUUCUAACCUAUAACAGUCUAUUCUGUCUUUGCUGGUACUUUUUCUCUAGCUAGAUCUCAGUCUUUGAACUUGCCUCAGACUUAAUUCUGCCAGUUGCAAGUAGUUGCAAUUCUGGAGUCAUGUGAACUUUCUACAUGAAGGGUGUAGGGGUGGGUGCUCUCGAGGUGCUGAAUGUAGUCGCCGUGGGGCUCUCCCACUAUUGUGUGUGUGGGGAAGCCUCCCAGCUGUUGAUUGAGGUUGGUGUUAACCAUUUGUGAGUGUUUUAGAGUUCUAACAGGCAAAGUAUAGAUCUUUAUACUGUUAAUACUCAUAGGGAGAGAAAAAUGAUUUGCUACGUAAAUGUUUAUAUGGUGAGGUAUUUUUAAAAUCCCACUUUAUAUGUCUCAGCAUUUGUAUUUCUUAUAAAGCCGUUCUCAGUGAAGAACGUAGAGGCUUUAGAGUUUGUUAAAGCCCUUGACAUACAUCUGCCUCCCCCUUCUAAGCUGUUCCAUAGACAGUCCACAAUUUUCUCCCUCUUUCAGUAGAUGGAAGAAAUGGUGGGUUUGUACUUUGUUUUCCAGAUAUGCCUUUACACUACACUGUGUUGGGCUCCCUUGUGCUGCAGCCACUCGGCUGGUUUCUAUGUAGAGUUUGACAAUAUUGCCAUUUUAUAGAGUCUUUGCUGGAGUCUAUUCCUUGUUGUGUAUCUGUUGUUGGUAUUUUAUGUUGAAUAUGUGCAGAACAUUAAAGUCCUAAAUC